UCCCACGGUGCGAGCAGAUCUCUCUCCACGCCUUCACGGACACCACACACGCACCUGUUUCUCGUCCCCUUCACCUGUGAGCUACAGCACCGCUGCUCUGAGAGUCUCCGUCGCAGCAGCACCGCCACCAUCCCAACCCCCGGCCACUUCUCUGCCCUGCGAGCAUCCGAGCAAGGACUGCGGCUGAGCCGCGUCGACUUUGGCGAGGAGGAGGAGAGGCGAGGCGCGAGGUCCUAUCGGGACCGCCAGAGGACCCCGGCGCGAUGUCCAUGCUCAAGGGGCUGAAGCUCCCGCGGCGAGGGGACCGCGACUCGAGCACGGCCGCUGGGAAACCGCCCGUGGUGAAGAUCAAGAAGGCCCAGGCUAACGAGUUGGCCAUCCUCAUCAGCCGACUGCAGAAGAAUGCCGACCAGGUGGAGAAGGACAUAAUCGACACGGAGGACAAGCUCGCCAUUGAUAUCAAGAAUCUGGAAAACGGCCGGGAAUUCCAAUACCGAGCGAAAAAUGCCGAGAACCUGAGCCGAGCCGAGGGCAGCCUCAAGGACCUCUUCCUCGACUCGGAGCAAGUGAAGCAGCUCAAGCACCCGCAGGGCGAGAUGAUCAACAGAGACAUCCACCAACUGCACGACCGCUGGUCGAAGCUCUGCGCCGAGUACCGCCAGGUGUACGAGCAGGUGAACAUCCCCAACAUGCGCCCGCAAGUCGACUGGCUCAAGAUGGUGGGGGAGAAGCGGUACUCGCUCAACCGGAAAGGCUUUGGAUCGGACCUGGUGACCGUGGAGAUGCAGAUGGCCGAACACAACAUCAUCCACAAGGAGAUCGAGGCUUACGGGCCGCACGUCAAGGCGGCCGAAGGAGACCCCGAGUACCUGCGCAAGCUGAACGAGGAGUACGGCACCUUGCUGGGCACGUCCACCAAGCGGCAGAAGGACCUGAACGAACUGCACACGUACAUGCAGCGCUGCACUCGCGAGCUCAUGUGGCUGGACUCUGAGCAGGAGGAGCGCAAGGGCAUGGACUGGAGCGACCGCAACCUCGACUUUGACAUGCGCACCCGGAAGUAUGAGAACAUCGUCAACAACGAGCUCGUGGCCAAGGAGGCGUCCAUCAACCAGAUCCAAGACGAGGGCGAGAAGCUGCUGGCGGCCAAGCACCCGGCCAAGCCGACGAUCGAGGCCCACAUGGACGCAGUGGAGAACGACUGGAAGAGAUACCUCAACCUCCUCAUCUGCGAGGAGGCUCACCUCAAGUUCAUGACCGAGCACCACAAGUUCAACAAGGACGCGAAGGAGUCCAACGAGUGGCUGACCAAGCAGUCGGCGGACAUGAAACGGCGCUACACGGUCGACCCCAACGACAGCGCCCUGAGAGUCGAGGAGCUGUUCAAGGAGGUGCAGGAGAAGGAAAAAGAGAUGGACGCCUACGAGAAGAACGUGGUGGCGCUGAGGAACCGGGCCACUCAAAUCGUGCCGCUCAAGUAUCGCCGCGAGAAGAUCCCCAAGCCGCUCACUGUGGAGACGCUGUGCGACUACGAGGACGGGGAACUGGUCCUGCACCGCGGAGACAAGUACACGCUGAAGGACAACAGCGACAAGGAGAACUGGGUGGUGUCCAACUCGGCCGGCAAGACGGAGACCGUGCCGAGCGCCUGCUUCGUCAUCCCCCCCACGGACCCAGACUCGAUCGCGCUGGCCGACGGGAUCUCCACGCAGUUCAGCGAGCUCAAGCAGAAGCGCCGGGAGACGGAGGCGGCGCUGCGGAAACGGGCGGGCGACGUCAAGCAGCAGGCCGGCCAAGUUCUGGCGGCAGACAACUCGGAGGAGAGGGAGUGCGUCAAGCACAUCUCCGACCUGGAGCGCAUCUACUACGAGCUCGAUGACCAGGAGCAGCAGAUGCUGACCAAACUUCGCACACCACUCGACAAGAACCGGCCGGCCGAGGACGGCGCCUCUCGGCUACGCGAGCAAGACGCGAUCCUCAAGAGGCUGCAGGUGCUCAACACGGAGAAGGCCAAGGUGGUCAAGUCCGCUGAGGCCUUCCUCUCGCGCAAGCCCAAGUGCCCGAGCGCCCCCAAGCUGCGGCAGAAGCUGGACGAGACCGACGCCAAGUACACACGGGUCUCCUUGCUGGCCAACAACUACGGAGACAAAGCCAAGGCGGCGUCGGGCAUGGAGGUGUCUCUGCAGAAGGCGGAGGGCGCCAUCGCUCCCCUGGAGCGCUCCCUCGCGCUGGAGCAGAGCAUCCCCACGGACCUGGCGGGCAUCCGCACGCGCCGCAAGGAGCUGGAGGCCGUCAAGAAAGAUCUCGGCGCCAAGAAGGCGCUGGUGCUGGAGGAGCCGGCGAGGAACCUGCAGAACACCCAGCAGCACAGCCAGAACAUCGCCCGCAACUUUAACGAGCGCUGCCCCGACGUGGAGCGCCAAGAGAGCGAGGUGAACCGACUGCGCCAGCGCUUCGGCAACAUGGGGGACCAGACGAACCUCAGACUGAAGGAGCUGGACAAUGCGGAGAAGACCUACUCUGAAUACCGGGGCAACUAUGACAAUCUCAACAGCUGGCUGGACAAUGUGCCCAAACCAAGUGUGUCACAGAAUGAGACUGUGGAAUCCAUCAAUGCCAAGAUCGCCGAUCAAAAGAGAUUGGCGGACGAGCUGCGCAGAAAGGAAACCGAGAAGAACAAAGUGGAACAGCUGGCGAACGAUUAUCAGUCAACGGUCCGGAACUACGAGACGGCGAGCGAUCGCUACCGGACGCUGGUGGAGCCGGAGAUGGUGAACGGCGUGAACUGGGACACGAACAAAUCCUCUCCCACGCGGCAGGUGCAGGACGAGGAGAGACAACUCGUCAAGAAAUUUGCUGAAGUUUCUGCUGCAAAUCAGCAACAGAUCGUCUAUCUGCAAAACAUGCAGAACAUCGUGAAGAACCCUCCAGUGCAGGAGGUGCAGGCGAGGAUGUCCCAACAGAACCUGCAGAAGUCCGAAUAUUCGGGCCCAAGCAAACGUGACUUGGAGUUGAUGGAGGAAGAAAAGAAGAAGAGGCUGAUGCUAGAAAAGGACAUGGAGUCGCUCAAAAGGCAGCUGGACGUCGCACAACAGAAAGCGGCGACGCCAGUAAAAGACCCCGCUACGGAGCAAGAGGCAAUCCUCUUGCGCCAGCAGCUCCAACAGGAGGCCGAGAACAAGCGGGAAAAGGACGAGGAGCUGCGCCUCUUGAGGGACCGACUUCAGAAGUCGGAACGGGCGGCGCAGGAGGCGGAGCAGAAGGUCAUCAUCAAGGAGGUUUCGAAGGUGGAGAAGGAUCCGUCAAAGGAGAGGGAAGUUAAUGACCUCCGUAUUCAGAUGCAAAACAUGACCAGGCAGAUCGAAGAAGAGCAAAACAAAAGUGCAACUGCUGAGAAGUCCAUCGUAAUGUACGAAAGGAGAAUCAAGGAGAUAGAACAGCAAGGGCCAAGGGUUGAGAAGCAAGUGACUAUCAAGGAAGUGCCGAGAAUUCAACAAGAUCCCCUUCUACUAAAAGACUUGGAAGAGGCACGUAGAAUGUUGGAGCAGGAAACCGCAAAAAAUAAGGCAGCGGAGGAAGAACUUCGAUUGCUGAGGCAAAGAUACUCCACACUGGAAAACACCAAGCCCAGAGUAGAGGUUAAAGAAGUCGUAAAAGAAGUUGUGAAGGCAGAUCCCAACACUGAGAGGCAGGCAGCGGACUUGAAGAGACAGCUGGAAAUUGAGAGGCAGAAAAAUGAACAGAUGAACAAGGAGAUGGGUACUCUUCGGACAGAUCUCAUGACGAUCCAGAACCGCAAACCAGAAGUCCAGGUCAAGGAGGUGGUGAAGCUGGAGAAGGAUCCUGAACUGAUGAGGAACCUCAGUGCUGUUCAGCAGCAGCUGGAAGAAGAAAUAAGUAAGAAGACAUCUGCAGAAAAGAGAGUUUACAUGCUAGAAAAUAAAAUUAAAAAUUUUGAAGAGAAGCCACCUGUAGUUGAAGAAAAGGCAAUUAUAAAGGAAGUUUUUAAAGUUGAGACUGAUCCCCAGACCACAAAGGAACUCGCAAACUUGAAGCAAAUGCUGGAUGAAGAAUUUGAGAAGAACAAAGUUUCCAAGAAAGAAAUUCUGAUGCUUCAACAAAAAUACACCACACUGGAAAACACCAAGCCAAAAGUGGAGAUCAAAGAGAUCACGAAGGAGGUGGUGAGAGCAGAUCCAGAGACAGAACGGCAGGCAGCUGAUUUGAAGAAACAGCUGGCCGAAGAAAAGCGCAAGUCUGAAAAAGCAGACCGAGAGCUCGACGCUCUCAGAAUAGAUGUCGAGGCCUUGAGAAACCGCAAGCCUGAGGUGCAGGUAAAGGAGGUCGUCAAGGUAGAGAAAGAUCCCGAGGUGGUCCGAGAACUUAAUAAAGUCAAGCAGCAGCUGGAAGACGAGAUUGAGUCAAGAAAGGCUACAGAAAAGAAGUAUGUGCUCAUUGAAAGGAGGAUUAAAGAGGUGGAACAGGCACCUCCUAAGAUAGAAGAACGACUCGUCAUUAAGGAGGUCGCGAAGGUGGAAAGAGACCCAAAACUGGAAGAAGAGGUCGUCAGCCUCAGGAAACAGCUACAGCAGGAGAUUCAAAGAUCAAAAAUAUCCCAAGAAGAGAUUCAGACAAUUCAGCACAAAUUUGUCACCCUUGAAAACACCAAACCUAAAGUGGAGAUCAAAGAAGUCAUCAAGGAGGUGGUCAGAGCAGAUCCAGAGACAGAGAGACAGGCAGCUGAUUUGAAGAAACAGCUGGCCGAAGAGAAGCGCAAGUCUGAAAAAGCAGACCGAGAGCUCAACACUCUCAGAAUUGAUGUCGAGGCCUUGAGAAACCGCAAGCCUGAGGUGCAGGUAAAGGAGGUCAGUCAAGGUAGAGAAAGAUCCCGAGGUGGUCCGAAGAACGACUCGUCAUUAAGGAGGUCGCGAAGGUGGAAAGAGACCCAAAACUGGAAGAAGAGGUCGUCAGCCUUAGGAAACAGCUACAGCAGGAGAUUCAAAGAUCAAAAAUAUCUCAGGAAGAAAUCCAGACAAUUCAACACAAAUUUGUUACCCUUGAAAACACCAAACCUAAAGUGGAGAUCAAAGAAGUCAUCAAGGAGGUGGUCAGAGCAGAUCCAGAGACAGAGAAGGCAGGCAGCUGAUUUGAAGAAACAGCUGGCCGAAGAAAAGCGGAAGUCUGAAAAAGCAGACCGAGAGCUCAACACUCUCAGAAUAGAUGUCGAGGCCCUGAGAAACCGCAAGCCUGAGGUGCAGGUAAAGGAGGUCAUCAAAGUAGAGAAAGAUCCCGAGGUGGUCCGAGAACUUAAUAAAGUCAAGCAGCAGCUGGAAGAUGAGGUUGAGUCAAGAAAGGCUACAGAAAAGAAGUAUGUGCUCAUUGAAAGGAGGAUUAAAGAGGUGGAACAGGCACCUCCUAAGGUAGAGGAGCGCAUUGUUAUAAAAGAGGUAACGAAAGUGGAGAAAGAUCCGCAAACGGAGCAAGAUCUGGUAAACUUGAAAAGGAAAUUGGAAGAUGAAAUACAAAGAAAUCAAGUUUCACAAAAGGAAAUUAACCUCAUGCAGCAAAAGUACACAACUCUGGAAAACACCAAGCCUAAAGUGGAGAUAAAAGAGAUCACGAAGGAGGUGGUGAGAGCAGACCCUGAGACAGAGAGGCAAGCGGCUGAGCUGAGGCGACAGCUGGCGGACGAGAAGCGCGCCUCCGACAAAGCGGAGAGAGAACUGAGCACGCUUCGGCGAGAGCUUGAGGCCCUCAAAAACAAGAAGCCCGAGGUUCAAGUGAAGGAGGUGGUCAAAGUCGAACGAGACCCUGAACAGGAAAGAGAAAUCGUCAAACUAAAGAACACGUUGGAAAACGAGAGAAAGAAAAAGAGCAUGGCAGAAGAGGAAAAUGAUUCGCUUCAGCAAAAAAUCCUAAUGCUUGAGAAUCGGAAGCCCAAAGUGGAAAUCAAAGAAGUUGUCCAUGAAAUCCUCAAGGCAGAUCCACAGACUGAGAAGGAGGCGGCCGAGUAUAAACGGCAGCUGGAACAAGAGAAGCGUAAACUUAAGGAUUCGGAGAGAGAAUUGGCCUCCCUACGCACAGACCUGAAUGAGCUACGCAAUCGCAAGCCAGAUGUGCAAAUCAAGGAGGUCGUAAAGGUACAGCGAGACCCGGAGCAAGACAAGGAGAUCAACAAGCUCACAAAGUCUCUGGAUGAAGAAUCUCGUAGAAACAGGAAGUUUGAAGAUGAAAUCCACUACCUCAAAGAAUCGCUCACUAAACUUGAAAACACGAAGCCUAAGGUGGAGAUCAAAGAAGUAGUCAGGGAGGUGGUGAAGGCAGAUCCUGAGACGGAGCGACAGGCAGUCGAUUUGAAGCGGAAAUUGACGGCCGAGAAAGAGAGAUAUGAUACGGUGAUGGGCGAGCUCAACACGCUGAGGAUAGAGCUGAACUCGCUUCGCAAUCGCAAGCCCGACGUGCAGAUCAAAGAGGUCGUCAAAUUGGAGAAAGAUCCAGAGCUGGAAAGAGAGCUGAAGCAAUUGAAGCGCAUGUACGAGGAGGAAAUAGAAAAGAACAGGGAUGCUCAGAGGGAUCUGGUCAGUGUCCGGAGACAGUAUACCAUUCUGGAGAAAGAAAAACCAAAGGUGGAAAUCCAGGAAGUGUUGCGUGAAGUCGUGCGUCCUGACCCAGAGACCGAGAAGGAAGCCUCGGAACUUCGGUUGCAGAUGAUGCAGAUUAAAGGUCAACUGUCAAAUGCCGAACGAGAAGCCCUGAAACUUCGUGAAGAAGUCAAAACGUUGCAGAACAGAAAGCCUGAAAUUCAAGUGAAGGAAGUCCUUAAGGAGACUGUUAAGUUUGAGAAGAAUCCAGCGGCGGAAGAAGAGGUGACACGCAUGAAAAAGGAGCUUGACAGGGAAAUGCAAAAGAGAACUGAUGCUGAGCUGCAGCUAACAAAACUUCAAAACAGAAUCUUCAACUUGGAAAACCAGCCCCCGAAGAUUGAAGAAAAGGUUGUUAUCCAAGAGUCCAUCCAGUACAAAACAGACCCCAAUCUGGAACGUGAAGUUGACUCGCUAAAAAAAUCUUUGAAUCAAGAGAAGAAACGGCAGCAAUCAUUGGAAGAAGAUUUGGGACAGCUUCGCAGCACGGUAUCUGAACAGAAGCAACUGAUCACGCAACUGAGAACGGACUCACAGGAAAAGAAUGAGCUUGAGCAGGAACUGAGGCGCACGAAGAAUAGAAUGACAACUCUGGAGCAGCAGAAAAGUAAAGUGGAAGAGAAAGUGGUUUACAAAGAGGUUGUGAAAGUGGAGCAAGAUCCCGAGGUAAUGAAAGAAGCGGUACUUCUAAGAUCUCAACUGAACGACGAGCGCUCAAAGCGCAAUAGGCUUGAGGAUGAGGUGGAUCGAAUGAAGGCGAGAAUGCACGAUCUUGAAAUUGAGGCCACCAAGGAAAAGAUUGUUUAUAAAGAAGUGGUAAAGAUAGAGAAAGACAAGAUGGUCGACAGCGAACUGGAGAAACUUCGCGGCCAGCUUGACGAUGAGUUGAGAAUGCGGAGAAACAAGGAGAGGGAGUUGCAGAAACAGUCGGAGGUUAUAUCAGAUGUCCAGUCGGAGAUCGAAAAGCUGAAGAGAAAACUUACGGACACCGAUAAGGUCAUAAACAGCAAAGAGGGCGAGAUAGUGGCGCUGCGUGACAAGCUUAGCAGAUUGGAGAACAGACAACCGGAGGUGACGAGGACUUCAACGGAAAAGACGCAGUCUCAUCUGAGCCGUAAGAUCGUCGUCAUGGAUCCUGAGACUGGAAAAGAAAUGACUCCGUACGAAGCUUACAAACUCGACCUCAUUGACUGGAAGACGUACAGUCAGCUGGCAGGGCAGGAGUGCGACUGGGAAGAAGUGAGCGUGUCCGGGCCAAAAGGGAUAUCAUCCUCUCUGCGGGACAAGAAAACGGGAACAAAGUUCUCCAUUGAAGACGCCCUGGCGAGUGGGAAGGUCACGCAACACGACGUGCAGCAGUACAAGAACAGAAAGAUGACCAUUGCCGAGUUCGCUGCUAAGGUGUCGGGCCAAACCUUUAAGCCUCAGCCUGAAAAAGAAGAGGGUGUAAAGAAAACAAAUUCCUCCCAGGUGAGCAGCUCCUUGCCAAGGGAGUCCGCCCAAAGCAAGGAUUCCACCGUCCUGGACCUCGAGACGCCGCCUAUCGCCGGCGUGUUCGACGUGGACACUAACCAAAAGAUGCAGAUAAAAACGGCCAUCAGCAAGAACCUCAUCGAUCCGAUAACGGCGCAAAAGUUGCUGGAAGCACAGGCCGCGACCGGGGGCAUCAUCGACGUGGUCAACGGCGAGAAGUACUCGGUGCACAAGGCUGCAGACAUGAAUUUGAUCGACAGCAGCUCCGUUCAGCGACUUCUCGGUGCGCAGAAGGCGUACACCGGAAUCGAAGAUCCGACAACAAAGGAGCGGCUUCCCGUGGGCAUUGCGCUCAAGAGGGGCUGGCUGUAUCAAGACGCAGCCUACAAGUACCUGGAGGCGCAGUUCCUCACGGGGGGACUGGUAGACCCCAACAAGGCCGGCCGCGUGCCCGUGGGAGAGGCCCUGGCUCUGGGCAUAAUCGACAACGAAGCCAAGCGGGCACUGGAGGAUGACAAAAGCCACCCGAAAGACAUCACGGACCCCAUUUCCAAGAAGCGGCUCACCUACAAGGAGGCGUUGAACCAGUGCAAGGUGGAGAGCUCUACAGGGUUGCCUCUUCUCAAGGUGUCUUCAAAGAGCUCCGGGGGCUCGUCCAGGUUUACACGCUAAAAGGGAGCUCUGCUACAACUCUGCAGCGAUGAUAGGACAUGCUCAUUCACAUCCAUUGCCAAUAGACACAAGCUCACACAAAACAUUUCCUUUCCCAUUAUUGUCCUAAGUUCCCGUAGGACCCAAUUUAAUUAUUCGGGUGACGAGCGCAGCUCGUAACCCGGAAUUUCUGUCAGGUGUUCACGUAGCUCAUUUACACUUAGUGAAACUGGACACUUUUCAAGAGUUCACUUUUUCACACUUCUUACAUUUUUCUUUAGCUUUAAAU